AUGCAGAGAAGUUUCACAAGAAAACCUACGAUAAUUAGAAGACGGACCAGAAUUGUAACAAGGUCAACUAUUGAUAAAAAUAAAGAUCAAGAUGAUGCAGUGUCAUCCUUUGCUGAAAUCCUUUCACUGUUGAAAACAGACCCAACUAUCCGAACACAAAAUUCUUUGAGGAAGCUUGAGACUCUGACAGAAAACGUCCCGUUUUUUGUGAAAAUCAGAAAAGAGUAUGAUGACAUGGCACAUCUGAAUUGCUGCCAAUAUAUGAGGUACCAAUUUUUAAACAAAGGGGACUAUGUAUUUCACUUUGGUGAUGAUGGUGAUUUGUUUUAUAUUAUAAUAUACGGAUCUGUAAAAGUUUUAGUUCCAACUCCUACUCCACAUAAUGAAUAUUUGCUUACUGAAGUAUCCACUCUAGAGGCUGGCUCUGCAUUUGGAGAGUUAGCAUUAAUUAAAAAUCAGCCUAGAGCAGCUAGUAUCCUAUGUGCUGAAGACACACAUUUCGCAACCUUAAAUAAAAAAGACUAUUUAAAGAUCUUAGGUGAGCACGCUACGAGAAAGCUGGAAGACCUUGUUAAAUUCCUAAGCGGCCUUCCAGCUUUUGAAAAAUGAAACCUCAGUCAGCUGGUAAAGCUCAGCUACUAUUUUACACAAUCUACUUAUAAGCGAAAACAGAUCAUCUAUAAAGAAGGAGCUGAAGCUGAUAACGUUUAUAUAGUCCGCCGAGGUGAAGUUCAGCUUUGCAAAGAACUAGAGCUCAAAGCUUCAAGCCCAACUCGGCUUGAUGCUCAUGGGCGGCCAAUGCCUAUAAUAAAGCCCUACAGAAAACGAUGCGAAGCAAACAUCGCGAUAAAAGCACAAGGCGAAAUUUUUGGGGACGAAGAAAUAAUUAAAGAUAUUCCUCGGAUCACAACCUGCAAGUGCUUUUCUGAUACAGUCACAUUGCUAGUAAUUUCUAAGCUUGAAUUUAAGCGAAGAAUCCGGAAAGAAGAGUCCCUCACACAUUUUACAGAAAAAUAUAAACUUCAAGAGCAGACUAGAGAAAGAUUGACUUCAGCAAUAAGCGGAAUAAAAAUUCGAGAUAUGAGCUAUACAUUAGCUCAAAAAUCAAGAGAAUCUCUUGAUGAACUUAAUUUCUUUAGCAUAGACCUUGAAGAUGACAAGCGAUCUACUAUAACUUCUCUUAAAAAACUAAGCCCUACGCCAGAAGCACUUAUUACAUCAAGAACUCCUACAGCUUUAAAUUCUACAAAGCAUGAAUUUUUCACUGAAAAUUCGCUGGCCUGGAAUAAUAAUUUGACGCCAAGAUCAGUAAGGUCGACUAUACCUUCUCCUUUAAGCUGGCCUAAAGAAAAAUUCGAUUUGUCGAAGAAUAGAGUUAGAAGAUUGAACUUAAAAAUAAAAUCGCAAAGAGAACUGAGAUGUGACAAUGUAAAAAACAUGUUGAGGGAAUGCAGUAUUUUAGGAGGAAAAGGAAGAUUGAGGCGAAAGCGUUAA